GCGCCGCCUGCGAUCGCAGCGGAGCGGUCACUGCGGCGCCGACCGCUGGCGAGGCCGUCGGCACGUGGCCGUCUCUGCGAGGACGCGCGCAGCUUUCGUAGCUGACGUCACAGCAGGUGUUUUCCACCGACGUCACGUCACUAACUGUGUUGCUUUACGCCUGACGUGUGGCGAGCGGAUGCAGGAAGGCGGUAGAACACCGAAAUGACGCUGUCGACCGGACAGGGCGGUUUUCUGACGAGUUCUGACUGAUAGAGAACGAGUCACUCCUCCGCUUGGUCUGCUUCUGACAUGUGGCCUCGUGACGCCCUUCUGGUGGUUGGGCUGCUCGGGAGCGUCACACCUGCUCCAGGUGGUCGGUGGCCCAGGCACCAGGAGAGGUGUGGUGCCCCACUUCUCGUCGCUGCUUUCGUCAAUGACACCUCCCACCUGGAGAGCGGGGAGUUGUCACGCCUGGCCGCGGUGGUGCGCUGCUGUCGGCUCGCACCCCCCACCAUCCGCCACCAGCAGGGUGCGACGCUGGGCGGCGCCGACCCCUCCACCUCAACCGCCGCCGCCGCUGUGUGGAGGCAUUGCGACCCGCGCAGGCCCGCCAACCUCACAGACGCGUCGCCGCCGACGAUAGUGGUGCGCGCGUUGGCAGAGGCGGCGUCGUUGCAGCCGUGGGGCGGCGUCUCCGUGCGGCCCGGCGCCGGGCUGCGCCUCGACUGCGUCUUCCCACGAGACCGGGGGCGGCCCGGCUGGACGUGGACUUCCAGCCCGAGGCAGUACCUCACAGGUUGGGCGGUGACGGCGUCGGAGCGCUCCUGGAAGUACCGGCUGGCGCUGCACCGCAGCGAGCCCUCAGACACGGGCCUCUACACCUGCUCCACGCCGCGCGGACUCACCAGCAGCGUCGCCGUCGCCGUCACAGGAGAGCCGCUGUCCCCGCACGAGACGUACCUGGGCGGCAGCUACGAGGACGGUGACCUGCGGCAGAGAGCGGGGGCGUGGGCGACCCUGAGGGCUCGCUCCCGGCGGAGGCGUGGCCACCCCCGGGGCCGGCGGAGGCGGCGACCCUGGCUCCACGAUGCGCCACCGGCCGCCCACUGGCGCGACUGAGCCGACAGGCGGGGGCGGCUCCCACUCGCGGAGCCAAAGACGGACAGAGUGGAAAUGUGCAUCCCUGUGUUAACACACCGUGCUGAGUACAUCGCGAACAAGGCGGUACUGUGUGAUUGACGUUAAUACGUGAAGGUAACCAGUAAGAACCCAGACGUUAUAAAAAACUACCAACAUCGCCAUUUUGAUGGUAAGUCCUGGAGACUACAACAAAAUGAUUAGUCCACAACACAUUUCACAAGCAAUCACUACAGACAUUAACGCAAUAGAGAUGUAAAUUCAUCUCUUGAUGUCGGAAGAAUCCAACGGUGAACCGGCUCCACUUGGACAAGGUGCAGAACGUAAAACUGCGAUUACUGCGUCGUACUCACCGCUUACUGGCGAGUGUGGAGCUUGCUUUGACGUACUCCUCUAAGCAACUACAUCUGCAAAACCAUACAAUGAAUAGCAUUUCCAAGUGAUACAACUUUUUUCUUCGCUUGUGAAUACGUUAACGUAAGGUGUGUUUGGACCUAGUUCAGAGAAAGUUUUAUUUUUCGCUCUUUCUGUUUCUUUAAACACAUAAAUCUUGUUUAGGGAUUUAUGGUUUAUAACUUACUCGUGUAGCACCAGUUGAAGUAUAGCGUUCUUUUUCUGGUAUUAAAGAUUACGAAAAGUGUACUUUCUAUACAACUUUAAUUCGUUCGUUACAUAGGUUUAAUAUGUUCCAGGAUUCGGUCUCGCCUGUAAAGGAGUCACACAUUGUUAUGUCUCCUACUCGCAGUAACUCCCGCCUCCCCCCUCCCCUAUCGUGCCACAAAUUCCUACAAUUUUAGUAACGCCAGUAAUAAAACAGUCAAAAUUUUGUAAUAUGCUGGUUGUUUAUAAAAUAAUUUUACAAACUUUUGGGCACAUUCCUUGCAUUAUGACAAGAAAACAAUAUCAGAGCUAUGAGCGCUUGUUCACCUUUGCAACAGUGAGACUCAUGUCUUCUGCUGAAGUGCUCAUAGCUCCUGAGGUAUGCAGUUUGGAGCCCUUGUUGACUGGACACUAUCUUCUUCUUUUUAGCACAUGCUACCUCCUCCCAAAACAAUGAACUGCACUAGAAGAAAGGUGUUUCACAACAUCGAAGAUAAACAAGCGCUCAAUUUUUUUUUAAUGAACACACCGUCGUCAUAAAUUAUGACCAAUUUUGAGAUUGAUGCCGUGCAAUAUAUGUUAAUGACAUAAAGUCAGUCACCUGAAAAUGGCAUAAAAGGCUGAAACCAGAGUCGUAAUGAAAUAAACAACAAUACAAUCAAACUGCGGUGUGUUAAUUUAAAAAUUAUUGUGUGGCUGUGGCAACAUCAAAGUCUAUUUAAGUGCUCAGUAAUUCUUAAGGUGUGCAUUUGAAAACUCAUGUUUACUAGACACUAUUUUUCUGGUUUUGGAGUAAGAAACCAGCUCCGAAGAUUGUAAAAGAGUUUUGGAAACACCCUGUUUAUAACAAGUCAGGUAUUUAAAAUUGUUUUUGGAAAUAUAUGGAAAACAACAAAUCGUAUUAGAAAAGAGGUUGCGAUAAAAGCCGUUCGUUUUGAAGGACAUCCAAUGACACUAAACUCGAACUUCCUGACCCACCCGCAAGUGCUAGGGAGCAACUUAAAAUCUUAAACAGGAACCCACUAUUUUAUUGCGGAUUCGUAUUUUCCAGUGAAAGAAACCUGAUCUUCUUCUUUAACAUUUUAUCGUUGCGUUAAAAUGGGAUGAAAACUGUUGAAGAAUGAUAAUAUCUCCAGAAAUAUAUAUCAUAUUAGAAUCGCAGGAACUUAGAGAGACUGUUCUUCUAAAAUAUUUAAUGAGAAACAUGUUUUUGUAGCAAAUAACUUGAUUCUCCAUAUCAUAAUACAUUACUUUCUCCGCAUUAUUGGUGUACUUUGUUUUACAGAUGAUACUCGACUUACAUUAAUCGCUAGGAAUCCUCCACUGAUAGACCGCUUCAACUGACCACGAUUCAUCAGAGAAAAGUAUCUGGGAAAUAAAAUCAUCAGAGGCUGCUAGAAUUUGUUUCAUCCAAUUGCAAAAAUUCAAAUGGUUUUUACAGUCAUAUCCAUGUACGAGCAGUUAUCGGAGUAACGAUAAGUGAUUUGAAUGGAAUUUGAGUACGCGAAAUUCCUGAACCUCAUCUGAUAUGCCGAGAGCUAAAAGCUAAUGUAGUUAUUGCAGUAAAGCUGGAUUAUUGUUAAUGAUUUUAGAAUAACUGCCUUUCUAUGCUCAUGAGAUCCUAAUCUCAGGACACCGAGAGAGUGGUUAGCACACUGGACUCGAAUUCGGGAGGACGAUGGUUCAAUCCUGCAUCCGGCCAUCCUGGGUGAGGUUUUCCGUAAUUUUCCUGAAUCGCAAAUGCCGGGAUGGUUCCUUUCAAAGGGGACAGCCGAAUUCCUUCCCCAUCUUUUCCGAAUCCGAUGAGACCGAUGACCUCGUAGUUUUGUCUCCUCCCCCAAACCAGCCCAACCAUCCUAAUCUGAAGUGUAUUUCUUGAGAUGAUAGCAUUUUUUGACGGUCUUAGCAUAUUUUCAUUUUUGUAGAUUAGAGCGCUCUGUAUCUUGCAGCGAUAAAAAUGUUAAGCCGAAAAGUUACGAAUUUUUCCCGGGAAAUCCAAAUCCGAAGUAAAAAACCUGCGACUGUCAUUUCAUAUUUCGAAAUGGACACUCCUCCCGCCAAUUAUGGGUGGGGCAGGGAGACAAGCUUUUUGUCAUUGGAUGUCUCCCUUGGAGACGAACAACUUUUAUUCCAACCGAUUUUCAAUUUGAUUCGUUGUUUUCCAGAUAUUUCCAAAAAGCAAAUGCCUCACCCUGUAUACAGGGUGACCAGAACAAUCUGAAAAGCUUGUAAGGGUGUAGAAGUGUAGAUUGUGCUGAGGAAUAACUGAUAAAAAACAAUCGAGACGCUGCCCCAUUUCUGAGUUAUUUGGUAUUUAGUUUAGCCAAUCAGGCCGUUGCGCCCGCAAAUUCAACAGCCCGCGUGAGACGAUGUCACCAGAAGUGUUCUUCGUUUGAUUUCCUAAAACCGAAAAAGAGAACGAUACAGAAAUUGGACAUGGGACGGUAGUGAGGAUCGAACACGUAACAAAGGCUGAGCUGUCUGGUCCGCUAUCACCUACUCUGUGGAAACAAAAAAAUGGUUCAAAUGGCUCAGAGCACUAUGGGACUUAACAUCUGAGGGUAUCAGUCCCCUAGAACUUAGAACUACCUAAACCUAACUAACCUAAGGACCUCACACAUCCAUGC